CUCUCAGUCAGAGCUCUGGAAAUCAGUUCCAUGUUGUGGAGAUUCCUAACCACUUCAAUUUUAGUUUUGGGGUUUGGUGCCAAAUUUCAAAUGAAAACUCAAUUGAAACUAGCAGUGGCUACUCAGAGGCAGGUGGAGGGGGAGAGCACUGCUUCAGUGCUUACCUUCUUCUGAAUUAGAUACAUUAAGGGAACAGGUCCUCAGCUGGUAUAAGUCAGGGUACUCCACUGACUUCAAUGGAGCUAUCUAUGCUUGCUGAGCAUUUCUCCUAGGAUCUUUAUGUAUUUCUGUAAACUGGCUCUGAAAGGCCCUUUCAUAUGUUCAUGUCAUCUACCAACUUCCUAAUGCCACCAGCAGCCACAGAAAAACAGCUGGGUCUCACCUGUUGUCUGAUCUUGACACAAAAUCACAAACUGGUGCCAUGUUAGUAAGAACUGGGCAAAGAAAUGUGAACCUUGAUUACCUGAUCUGAGCUUGCAAUGGAAUACAGAAUCAGCAGUAAUACCCAGGAAUUUCACAAUAUAAAGCAACCAAGCAACCAUAUCCUGGAAGAUUUACUACAAAUUGAAUUAUCAAGAAUGAUUUAUACAAAGCCACAGAUUCUAAAGCCACCGAGAAGUGACGUCCUUAUGAUGACUCCAUGGUUUGCUCCAAUAGUUUGGGAAGGGACCUAUAACUCAGAGAUCCUGAAUGAGCAAUUCCGACAAAGGAAUGUCACUGUUGGACUGACAGUGUUUGCUAUCAAAAAGUAUGUAGUCUUCCUCAAGACAUUUUUAGAAACUGCAGAGACAUAUUUGAUGGUUGGACAUAGGGUGAACUAUUACAUUUUCACAGACAGACCAGAAGAAGUUCCUAAAGUUGCGCUCAAAGAAGGAAGGAACGUAGUGGUUCUGCAAGUUCAAAACUACCCUAGGUGGCAAGAAAUCUCUAUGCGACGAAUGGAAAUGCUCAGCCUCUUCUCUCAGCAGCGGUUCAUUAAUGAGGUCAGCUACCUUGUGUGUGUUGAUGUAGACAUGAGGUUUAAUGACCAAGUUGGAGUGGAGAUCCUGAGCGACUUGUUUGGCACACUACACCCAGGUUUCUACACCGCAGAGCGUCGGUCUUUCACCUAUGAACAUCGACCUGCUUCUCAAGCUUAUGUGCCCAGCGAUGAGGGUGACUUCUACUAUGCUGGAGGCUUUUUUGGAGGAACAGUAACGGAGGUUUACAAGCUGACCAAGAAAUGCCACGAAGCCAUCAUGGUGGACAAAGCCAAUGGAAUUGAGGCAAUCUGGCAAGAAGAGAGUCACUUAAACAAGUAUUUUCUUUACCACAAACCAACCAAAAUACUUUCUCCAGAAUACCUGUGGGACGACAAUCUAGGUAGGCCAGAGAUCCUUAAGAAAAGAAGGUUUCUUGCUGUACCAAAGAAUCAUGCUGCAAUCAGAAAUAAAUGAAGUUCAUCUCGGACUGGUCUUAGUGUGAACUAACAUAACUAAUAUUGUAGGUUUCCUUGUUGAUGAAAAUAUACAGAUAAUUGGUAAAAGCUCCAUAACUUUUUACGACAUCCCCAGUAUUUCUGGAUAUGAGAAUGGUUUCAAGAUGACACUGUUACCAUAAGGAUAAGGCAUGCAUCCGACAAAGUGGGUAUUCGCUCACAAAAGCUUAUACUCCAUUACAUUUGUUAGUCUAUAAGGUGCCACAGCACUCUCUGUCACUUUUUACAGAUCCAGACUAACACGGCUAUCCCUCUGAUACUUGACACCAUACGGAUAGUUUGCUGAUUCCAACAAUUUCCUUGCCAAAAAUACAUUGGUAUUUGUCUGCAAUAGAGCUGUACCAGUAAUAGGUUGCGUCUAGUGUCGGGGAAAUAUAAAGAGACUUAUAGAUUCAGAUGCUUAUUCAAACCGCUGUUGGCUGGACAUCUGAUGCAAAGACGCUUUCAUGAGACUUCGAGUGCUUCCUAGUCUUAUUUGGGUCAGAACUGAUGUAGAAACAUGAGAUAUUUUGGUAUUUCUAUUUUUCACCAGAGCCAAAAUCUGUGUGACUGUGUGUACACAGUAUAGACUAUGUACAUACUCCUCAAACUGAGCAUUUGAGCUUGUUCCAGAUUCUGGGAUGAGCCUAUGUUGUGAAAACUAAAAUGCUCAAAAUAGCACAUGCAUGUGAAUGGACACAGGGUGCUAAAAUUAAAUUAACCCAGGGGGUCUCAAAUUGGGGGUUAGGACCCCUCAGGACGUCACGAGGUUAUUACUGGGGGUCGCGAGCUGUCAACCUCCACCUCAAACCCAGCUUUGCCUCCAGCAUUUAUAAUAGUGUUAAAUAUAUAAAAAAGUGUUUUUAAUUUAUUGGAGGGGGGGUUGCACUCAGAGGUUUGCUAUGUGAAAGGGGUCACCAGUAUAAAAGUUUGAGAACCACUGAAUUAAACCCUCUGGAGUCUCAGGGAAUGCGUGUGUGGGGGGUGUCUCCCUUGGUAGGAUUGGGAAGGAUAUUGCUCUUCUUAUGUGAUCCCUCCACCAGUAGCUAAUUUUAAAUGAAGCUACCCUCCCGUGACAUGAAUCUCCCUAUGGCACUGAAAUUAAAUAUAGACUAUAAUUUGGCAUUUGAGAAGUGAAAGGGAUGGUAGCCCUAACGGAAAAGUUAACAGCUUGGCUCUUCUGCAAGCCUCAAACUGCUGAAUGAGCUUUAGGGUAGAGAAGGCUGUGCCUCCCAAACAGCCUGGCCCUGCCCCCUAUCCGACCCCCACCCACUUCCUGCCCCCCGACUGCCCACUCCCCUCAGAAUUCCCAUCCAUCCUGCUCCUUGCCCCCUCACCGUCUCCCAGAGACCCCUGUCCACCACCACCACCUCACCCCUCGGAGGGAGCUGAGCUCAGCCUGGAGCUCGCAGCCCCGCCCCCACCUUACCAUGCGGCUCUGAGCGGGGCGGAGCUCAGGGGCCCCAUCGGAGCCACACUGCGCCCUUGUCCAGGGAUGCUGCUGGAUGCGCUGAGGCUCCAGGAGAGGGGCAGAAAUGGGGUCGGGUGGGGCCGAGAGGGAGCCUCAGCCAUUCUCGUGGGGGCCCCUGCAGAGCCCGGGGCCUAGGGCAAAUUGCCCCACUUGCCCCACCUCUAGGCGGCCCUGCACAGAACUAUGUGGCUGGAGAAGUAUCACAAUGGAAAGCAACUCCAUCUGCUAUUGGUAGAGCUCCUAAUACCUCAAAAAUCUUUGGUUGUAACUGAGAGAGAGGGAAUUGAAGUGGCUUGAACAGAAAUGUUGGAAGCAUUUCUCCAUCACAACAAUGUCUAUUCAAUUUAUUUCCCUGUAGUGGGUGUUCUAAUUGAAAAUGUGAAGAUCAGUUAAGGAAGACAAAAACAAGACUUGUCAAAUUCUGCUCCCAUUUAAAUCAAUACAAGUUUUGUUGGUGAGCUCAGUAGAAAGACAUAUAUAAAAUACACACACACCCCAGCGUACAAUUGAGUUUCUCGAUACACUCAAGGUGUGUCUCUGUACAUUCACUGGCAACCUGGAAUGUGCGGUCAAACUAAUAAAUGGUUUACUGGGGAAAGAGGACAAAAGCAAGUGAUUAAAGCAGGGUUUCUCAAACUCUGUACUGGUGACCCCUUUCACACAGCAAGUCUCUGAAUGCGACCCCACCUUAUCAAUUAAAAACACUUUUUAAGUAUUUAGCAUCAUUCUUAAUGCUGGAGGCAAAGCUGAGUUUGGGGUGGAGGCUGGCAGCUCGUGACCCCACAUGUAAUAGCCUCACAACCCCCUGAGGGGUCCCAACCCCCAGUUUGAGAACUCCGGGACUAAAGAACUGUACAAUAAACAUGAGAGGCAGCAACAUCUAGUAAUCUGAGAAUAGGCUUGGGAGCCAAAAACAUCUACAUUCACUUGAAUGGCUGUUAUAACUUACUUUUGGCCCAAAAAACCUCCCUAAUUUAGAUUUGUGUAUAUCCUUGUCAAUAAUUAAGUGUCUUACAAAACAUUAAAAUCUCUGCUACUACUGAUCUAUGAUUAAGGCUGAUCCAGCAGAAAAUUGUAUUUCCUUGAGACUGGUCCCCAUGUAGGUUUCAAUUAGUGCAGAUUGCUGCUGGAGACUCCUUUAGCCACACUGGCCCACGUGUUUUGGACUAUCCCAGGACACAGUUCAUUUGGCUAGAAUAAGUAGGAGGAUUAAUAUGAUAGUGGCUACAUCUCUAAAAAUUACCUUCCAGAACUGUGGUUUGGAAAUGCUCUAACUCACAGGAAGUUUGAUUUUCUAGAUCAAUGAUUGUAGCUAAACAGUUUACUGCUUAGAUAGAAAAGCAAAUUGCUUCUGGGGAUAGAAGCUUGGCACAGUAAUAUGGGGACUUAGCAGUUAAAAAGAAGAUAAUGUUUUGGAGGAGAGGGACCUCAGACAAAUCUGAAAAGAUUUGGUCUAACUUUUUUGAAACCUGUUAUUAAUUCCUAGUGAAUGGAAAUGUCAUUCUUCUUUCUUUUCCCUGCUCCAUUUCCUUCUCCUUUCUCUCUCUGCCCAUUCCUUUACUUUUCUGUUUUCUGCCUUUCUCCCCUCCCAUUCUCCCGAUUUAGCAGUGGGGGGGAAACAGAUAUUUUUCAAUAAAAUAUAAAUUAAAACACUUCUUAAUUCUAUUCCUGGCUCUGACAUUUUUCACUGUGCCUCAGUUUUCCCAUCAACAA